GGCGUGAGAGAGUCAUCGGAGGAGCGGUCGGAUAUAGGUUCAUCUAUGGUUAGAAAGAUCGGGACAAAAUGGGCUUUUUGGGGAAGUUUCUGCGGCGCAGCGCAAGCUCGCAAAGCACCAAGAAGGACUCCGAUCGCGUUCCGAAGCUCGAGGCAUCCUUCGUUGCGCCUUACGAUGCAAGUCCUGCCAGAGCCGCGCCACAGGCUGCCGGAACAACAACCUCGAGCAGGCCGGGUCCCCGCUCGGCGGCGGAAGGAGAGCAGGCUACGUCAGCCCGGACGGCGGAGGACCUUUCCUUCGUCAUCGAGCACGCCCCCGCCCGAACCACCGUGGCGAUCAACGCCGCUGCCGGCGGGAAAAACUUGAAGGCCGGGAAGCGCGCAGGGUUCCAGAACAGCCGGAGCUCGUUGGUGAGCAGUGAGGCGGUGGGGAGCACCACCGAAACGAGCCCCUUCACGCCCGGGUCGGGGUCGCCGCGCACCCUGGAUGACAUCAACUCUCAGCAGGACAAUAGCACUACUAGGGACCACCGGACGUCGAACGGCGAGCGAAGCUCAGGCUCGGCAACCGGCGGCGGGGGAAGUCAGAAGCGGCAUCUGUUUGCCGGUGCACGGGGGACCAGCGCCAGCGGCAGUUCCCUGCCGAGCGAGGGGGCGGCGAGUAGUUCCAAGCCCAGGCGGCCCGACCAGGAGUUCAAAUUUCGCUACGCGCUGAACAAGAAAAAAGUCAUCGAGAAGAGCCGCCAGGAGGCCGGAAAGAUCCUGCUCACGCAGGCCGGAAUGGAUCCGUCCCGGGAAACGUACGACAAUCUGGAUCGGAUCGUUCGACGCGUAGAUCCCCCCAACGACAUCAUUGUGCGCCACAAAAGAGCCACGCAGACUGCAGGCCAGGAAGAGGGGGCCGGGGCACCUACCUCCUCUCCGCCCUCGAAUACUAGGCAACACCAUCUUCAUGGAGGACAGGCAGGCGGUGCACAUGGCAAGGCGGUGGGCGCAGGAGGCAGUCGGUCUGGAUCCAAGCGGAGUGCGGUCACGGACGAAAGCUCCGAGUACGCAGUAAGCUUUGAGGAAUCCGACAACUACUCGGACGCGACGCUGUGGGAUCAGGUGCGUUUUUGAGUUCGAUCAUUGUGAUGUUAACUGUGAGUUAGCAGUUUGUAUACAUGAAAAAGAUGAAAGAGCUGCGGCAAGGUGCAAGGAGCUACUUUGGCGGUUGUACAGGAAUUACGUUUGUUUCAUCCGAAAGUUCUUUGUGCCGCGUGCUCGUGCGGGGAAAAGAUAUUGAAGAUGCCCAUACUCUAGAUACUCUAGUAGUACUUCUAAUCUGGUCACUCAUCGGAUCUUUAGGCCGUCGUGUUUUGCGAGCGCGUGCGGAGCGGGCGGUCCGAGAAGCUUUGGUCGGACGAGUUGAGUCUGACGCUGCAGCGCUUGUUGGAAGAGGACCGGAGUGCGGAGGAGUGCGAGAACGAGCUGCUCGCCACGCAUGUGGAGCUGCUGCGCAACCUGGUACUGUCUAGCGCGAAGGCCUCGCGCAGUGCCACGGCCCUCGACGUGGUGGUGCACAAACUCGCGGUGGACAGUGUGGAACCCGAGGAAGUGCACAGUACGCGCUUUGCGGAGGCGCUCGGCGACCACCCGUUUUUCGAGACGGCCCAGGGCGUCCUGGGCAUCGGCGUCUCCGGAAGCUCACCGUCCUCCGUCAAGGUGCUCUUGGCGGUUGUCGGGACGUUGGAUGUCGUGGCGUCUGCGCGGGGGAGGCUGGCGCAGUACCACACCAGCACGUCGGAGAAAGCCGCGCAGCAGGCGGCCGUGCAGCAGAACACCAAAGCGGUGGAGACCAAGGCAGCCAGCCCGCCUCUGUCGCUGGCGCCGGCCCAGUAUUUGCUCGGUGCGCUUGGAGGGGUGAUGGGAUCAUCAACAGCAGUUGUUUCCUCACCACCACCGCAACAUCAGGGCCCCUCGGCGGCGGGCUCAGGCACGAAGGGAGCAGGGGGAAGCAGCAGCAGCAAGCAGCGUCCGGCUUCGCCGGACGGCAGCGCCACUCGACCCGUGGUGCGGCCCCCGGGGGUGAACAUUUUUCAGAAUCCCUAUUCCAGCAUCAUCCGCCUGAGCAGCGGCAGUCCGAAGGGCAGUCCGUUGGGAUCGUCUCCGAGUCCGAGUGAGGGAAUGAACCAAACCCUUUUGCAGCAGCUGCAGCUGGAAGGCCUCCACUCCAUGAUCAACUCCAGCUCGAAUUCGUGUUCUGCUACCAACCCCAGUCCCUCUCCGGGCGCAGGGUCGAAUUCCGGCGGUCCCGUGGCGCCGAUCGGAAACAAUUUGUUCGGGGGAAGUAGCAAGCGAUCGUUGCUGUCUUCGAGCAAGAAAAGCUGUCUCAGCGUCGACAGUCCGGCAAACAUUUCUACGACGGAUCACGGCAACGUGCAAGCCGGCGACGGGAGCAGCAGCAACGGCCCAGGUAAUGGCCAUUUGCACCUGGUGGAGCACUCCUCGUCCGUUAACGCUACGGCGCUCAGUGCGUCCUCGGCUGCUCUUGAGCACGGAGCUCCGUCGCACUUGCUGCAAAUGCCGACGGAUGACUGGAACUCCGAAGUUUCGCGGCUCGGAGAAAAAGUCCGCGAGAGCCUCUCGCUGCUGAGUCACAACAACAGCAUUGCCAAGGCGGUGGAUCGGCUGAACGAGAGCAAGGAGAGUCAUCACAGCGCGAGAAGCGGAGUGCAGCAUCCGGGGGACGUCACGAUCGAGAAUCCGGAGCUGCUCGCCACAGAGCAACAUGUGCCGACCACGUACGGCGAGAGCGUGGAGCCAACUCCGGAUCUCAACGCUGGCGAGGAUGUAGUUGCUACUGAGACUGCAGCACCAGGAGCUUUCGAACCGACGGGGAGAAGUUCGUCCUUAUCCGCGUCGAGAGCCUCCAACGCAGCUGCCAAAAGUGCACCGGUGCGUGCACCCGCGGUUUCUUCCGGAGCCGUCGGGGCGGCGCGCUCGCCCGGGCCCGGCGUUUCAUCGUCCUCGGGCGGCUUUAUGUCGCCCCCGUUACCAUGGAGGGUGGGUCUGAAUGCGAGCGGCGUUACUUCUGCAACAUCUGCCGGCGGCGCGCAAUGGAUGCGAGCCCCGCUCAACGCGGUCUCCCCCAUCCUGCCUCUGGAUGCGGCACGGUCGCCUCUUCGACCCUCGCCGCUGCGGCCAGGCGUGCCCGUGGCGGUUCCGGCCGUGCAGAACCACAGUGCCUGCUCUGGUGAGGAGCACUCUUUUUCUUCCUCGGCGUCCUCUUCGUGCACGCAGCUGGACCUCCUCCCGGGCGCGCUCGGUGGUACUCGUGCAACGCAUGCGCGCAAGCGAUCGGCGUCGCGCGAAGACACCAAGCCACUGCAGAACGGCUCCCCGACGCUUUCCGAAAUGCGGGAGCCCCCACCGGCGACGCCAUUUGACGACGACGGGGCGAGUUGUCCUGCCGAGGAGGCGCCGCAGGAACCCAGUGAGGACAUGCUGGAAAACGCCCUGGCCGCCGAGAGCAAGGCGAAACACGCACCGCAACUGCAGUGGCCGAACCUGGCGGUCGACGAGCCGGCCGCCGUGGCCGCUGGCAUCGAGUCCAAUGUGAAGGCAUUGAUCGGGCUGCACUCGAAUGACGCUGGUGCUGUAGCGGACGCGCAGACAGGUGGACCGAGAUCGAUGGACCACGGGGCGGACACGACCAGGAGCAAGGCCUGUUUAGAGAAGAUCCUGCGGGAUUACGCGGCAGCUGUGGCCAAGCCUGCUCCAGCGGUCAUUCGUGAAAUUCUGCGUGUAUUCCAGAUCGAGUGGCUCGUCCACCAUGCUUUGGAAGAGUACCAAGACGCGCCCGUCGCGGCAGGACCGCCAGCUGGUUCAUUUUCGAGUGUGCAAAGCAGCGGUCGGGGCAAGAAACACCAUGGCGCCCCUCCGGUUGUAAAGCCGACCCGUAUCUUCGUCGAGUAUGAGCAAGACAUGUCACCAGGGACUCGGCAAAAACACGAGAAGGCAAACGAAUACUACUACCAGGCGCAACGGUAUUUUUUGCCGCGGUUGCAUUGUUCUUGAAACUGAAAGGUGAUCGUGAUGCGACUAUGUAGAAAUAGAAAGAUAUACCUCUAAUUUCUUCGACUUCGUAGAAACAAGCGCGUAGGAAAAGAGUGAACUGAAGUUUUAGAUCCAAAAACUGUCGUUUGCUGCAGCGCCGCCUUGGUGAAGAGGAGAGAAGGCAGUGGCAGUCCAAGCUCCUUUCGAACGGAGCAUGCGUUGAAGGCGUACGUCCGUGACCGAGUGCGCCAAGGCGAGCCGAUCGACAAAGCCGUCGCGGAGCAGAUGCCGGAGUUCACGUCGCCGACGAAGUUGCUGCACGACCUUGACGUGCCUUCUCCGCUGAAAAAGCACGACCAGGGUGGAACUUUUGCAAAAACUACGGCCCCCGCCGUGUUGGAGGCAGAUGACGUCGUCGCGAUGGCGUCUCCGGAGGAGCCGACUGGUGAAGAUGCGCUGACCGGGCUACUUGUUGGUGACGACGGUGGUGCCCCGGAACUACAACAGGAGGAAAUACUCGAGAAAAACACGCUAUCGGAGCUCCUGAUGAAAAACACGCUGAGCAGCGAUCAGUACCCCGUGCUGUCCAAGAAGUACGAUACUAUCGAGUGCAACCAGUUUUUGUACGACGAGGCGGCACUCCUGACCUACAAGCGGCUGGCCGGCGGGCGGAACGGCAGCGCAGGCUCCCGCACCGGUUUGAACGAACUGGAUCUCUUAAUCCUUGGAAAUAUCCAUAUCUACCCGCAUAUUUGCAAAAUGUAGCGAAAGGCAACCCGCUACCGGGCCUGCCAUGUUCAUUUUUCACGCCCGCGCCCGACGUUUUCGGGUCAGCGAGUUGCUGGGGAGGAGAGCGGAAGCCGGAGGCUCAUUCUCUGGCACCGCUGGCGCAGUUAGUUGAUAGCGAAUACAUCCUAGCGCUACCCCUUUGGCGAAGGGUCAGCCGAACGGAUAUGCGGCUGCACCACAGCCGCGCGUCUUCUUGCAAUUUUAGGAUGCGGAAAAGCAGGCCGUCAGCAUUCGCCAAAGCCGGGGGCCAUUCGUGAAAAGCCUCCAGGUGGCCUCCCGGCCAGCGCGCAUGCACCCAAAAAGCGCAGCAAAUCCGAGGAAAGCACCCCCACCGAGCUUUAGCCCACCGCGCAACAUGCCUAGUAGCAGUAUUUCGCUGAGCAUGUCCCGCUGCUCCAGAAACUCUUGGCCGUACUUCAGCCAGGUCGCAAAGCACCCGCCCACGGUUCCGGUGCGAUCGGGAAAUACUGUCAGGCAUCUUGGGUUCGCAUAAAGAUGUCGCAUGAAGACCAAUACCCCAAACAAAUACCCCUUGAAGGGGGUACUUGCUGGGGGUAUUCGUCAUCGUUGUGCACCGAGCUGAGUCCAAAAAUCCCGGGGGGUAUUGAUGGGGGUAUUCGUACGGGGUAUUGCUUUGGGGUAUCGCGUUGGGGUAUUGCUUUGGGGUAUGCGUUUUCGCAUUGGGUGAGCUUGGCGAAGGUGAAACGCGAGCGGGAAAUUUCCAUCAUUGCAAAAUCCCAAUUUGUGUUUCACCCAAACCCGAGCGGGGAAUUUCCAUCAUUGCAAAUUGUAGCUUGCCUCUCACCCAAACCCGAGCGGGGAAUUUCCAUCAUUGCAAAUUGUAGCUUGCCUCUCACCCAAACCCGAGCGGGGAAUUUCCAUCAUUGCAAAAUGGCGAGCGUCAAUACUUUCAACUCCCCAAACCGUCUGACUUCCAAACCCGAGGAGUUGGCGGAUGGCUGGUCGCCUCGCCAACUCCUACGCGCGCGGAGACAUAUCCAGACGAAGCCUGGGCGCACCCUCGCGCCCAGGCUUCGUUCGGGUGUAGAAGGUGCGCAACACAGGGACGCCGCACGGCAGGCGGCUCCACACGAAAGUCAGAGCGCUGCUCCUGGCCUCGCCUGCAGCCCCACUCCCCCCUCCCUUUGGCUUCCCGGAAGGCCUCGGUCUUCGGCACUUUCCUUUGGCCAGUGCGGAAAACCGAGCUGGGAAUUUCCAUCAUAGCAAAAUGCAGAAAAUGGCUUACAACGACACCUUCUGAUGCCCUUUCCCGCACUUUCAGUGGAGCGGCAAAAGGAAGCACGAGAAGGAAGGCUGGCAGACCGCCGGUCAGCUGCCAAAAGCUGCUGCUGCGAGUCCUCUACAUUUUGCAAAUAUGCGCACAAAUAUGGAAAUUUUCAACGACCAAAUAGCGCCGGCUCCCGCACCGGUUUGAACGAACUGGAUCUCGAGCGGGACUCGAGCGAUGAAAAUGGUAAAACAAGGAAUCAAGUUAAGAUCAUGGAAUCAAGUUACUUGGAAUCAAGUUAAACCUGGAAUCAAGUUAAUUGGAAUCAAGUUAAACCUGGAAUCCCGUUACAUGGAAUCAAGUUACUUCCUGGAAUCAAGUUGAAUGGAAUCAAAUAUACCAUUACAGCUUCAUCCUCGUCAGCCCUCCUCCUCGUAUUGCCUCACCUUGGAAGAGUCUGGCGCUCUUUCUAGGCUUUGUGACUGCCAUACCCUCGUGCCUAAAGUUCUUCGCUCUGUUUGUUUCAAACGCGGCCACGUUUAUCACAGGGGUUGCUGGCUUUGUUUUCUAUGUCUGGUCGAUAGAGGCGUGGCGAAUAACGUUAGACGGAAGUUCCCGGGAUUCCAUUUCAUUGUGCGUCCUUCCUUCGGAAGGUGUAUGUCUCGGGGGAUUCCCUUUGCAUUUCGCCUUCCCUCGGAAGGUCCGUCCCUCUCGGAGUUCCAUGCUCGUUCCGCCUUCUCACUCUCGGAAGAUCACGAACCAUAUCUCUCGCGAUUCCACUUCCACUUCGCCUUCCUGCGCAGGUGUCUCGAGGAUUCCACUUCGGCACCUUCGCCUUCGGGAGUUCCGGAGUUUUUACCUUCGGAAGCACCGGAGCUUUGACCUUCGGAGGCUCCGAAGCUUAUUUACCUUCGGCAGCCCUGUACUUCUCGGUCUCGGAAGCUCUGGCGGAUCUUUUCCUGCGGAAGGUCCGUUGCUUCCCUUUCGGGGAAGUCGCAGUUGUUUUUAUUUCCUGGCUGGCGCGGAGCUUUCGCCAUCGCGUGCCGACUGGCGCGAGCUCACCUACACCUCCUGCGCGGCGCGGGCUCUUCAGAAUUUUUCUGCGCCCGGGCUCGCCGAGGCGUUUUGGAUUCGGUUUCGGAGCGCGCAACUUUGCCGCAGACAGGGGUUGGGCACGUCUACAGCCUUUGCGCCGGGGAGGCAGGGGCUCCAGAGUUUUCUUCACCUUCGGGAGGCAGGGACUGGCACGCCGGGGGGGCGGCCCUGGGGUUGUCGAGCUCCUGGCAAGAGAGAGAAAUACUGCGCCCUGGGCUCUGGUUCGCCUUCGCCUUGAACUUUCCCACGCCCCGGGGGGCCUGCCGUUUCUCAUGCAAGGGUCCCGGAUGCACCUUAGCUGGCCUCUCGGCCCGAAACUUUCCGCGGCUCAGAGAGGCCUACAAUUUUCCUGUGCGGGAGGCCCGGAACAACGUUUCCUGUCGGGGGACCCGGACCUUCUUCGAGGCUCCCGCACCGGUUUGAACGAACUGGAUCUCGAGCGGGACUCGAGCGAUGAAAAUCUGCUGGACCUGGAAAUGCAGAACUUCAUGCAGGACGGAGAGAACUUCCUCAACGACCUGCAGUUCGAUAUUACUAACGCGUUGCCGCAACUGAUUCCCGAUGAUUUCCUGCACUAUCCGCCGCUCGACGGUGGAGCUACAACUGCAGGACUUGAUUUCAACACAGGUACAACCGGGCAGCAGCUGCAGGAACUGGUGCAAGCGGAAGACGGGACGCUUCUGCUUCAGGCUAUAAAAAUCUCUUCUGGCGAGAACAUGCCGCACCCCUUCGAGAGCACGCCGUCCUUGGUGAAAGACCACUACCCGGAGCUGGAGUCGAACUACAAGAGUCUGACGCGGGACCACGAAUACGAGUGCUAUGACCAGGACGCGCUGCUGACCUACAACCGGCUGAAGGGGGGCCUGGCGUCCUUCCAGAACUAUGGGGGAUCUGGCGGAAGCUCGCGAACGGGGCUGAACGAGCUGGGGAUCUUCGCCAACAUCGAGGAGGACAGCAAGGAGGAGCAGUCAGAGUCCGAGGUGCGCGCGGUUUACCCGGAAAUGAUGUCGGUCGAAGACGCAUCCUCUUCCGCGGCGAAUGAAGUGGAUAGUAGUUCCUCCGCUACGGAGGAAAACAACAGCAAAAGCUCCUACUUUGCGGUCUUCCCCGAGCAAAUGUCCGCAGCGGAAGACGAAGACAUACAGGCGUCGCCGCCCCUGUCGAGCAGCGGCGUGGCCACGCACGUGGUGCAGGCGGCCGCGAGUCCGGAGAGCGGCGGACGGAAAAAGCAUUCGCCGAACAGCGACCGCGAGGUGUCGUUCGAAAUCUCUCCACCCGCGGAAUUGAAAGUCACAUUUCGCAACGAGGACGAAAUCACUUUUGCAGAGGGCCGCUCGCCGGAGGACGAGGAUGUGGACGAUGUCAUGAUCAAGGGGACGGCAGCAGGGGUAGAGAAGAACACGACUUCCACACAGCAGCAGCAGCAGGGGGACGUCGAGGUUCCUCCGCAGCCGAUGGAGUUGGAGGAGCGUCAGAAAUCGUCUGAGUCAGAUCUUGUUCUGUUGCGCCAGCAGGGUCGUGGAACGCUCGCGGGUAGUUCUGCCGUGGCUGCGACUGGGCCGUUUCUGUACUCCGCAGAUCCGCGACCGGCCGCCAGUUCGCAGUCAGAGGCGGAAGUCUUCGAGGACGCUACACCCGAGGUGGUCGACGAUUUACUGGUGCGUUUGGAGGAGGUGAACCAGAAGGCGGACCUAGAAACGCUUGCGAAAAGCACAAGCAACUUGAUGAAGAGUACGACCUCAUCGCGAGCCAGUCCGAAUCUGGUAGUGCAACCACAGCGGAAAAGCAAGAAAAUCGUGUCGCCGCCUUUUGUGACGAACGAGGGCAAGGUGUACCAUGCGCACUCUACGCACCACAAUGUGUUUUCGCCAGAGCAUGAUCUCGAGCGUUGCAUCGUCAAUGACUACGUUUCUCGGGCCAGUUCGCCCGAAAGCCCCGCCUAUCCGGGGGUGGCUCCGCUGCCCGCGGAGGAGGAGGGAACGAGAAAGAUUUCACGGGGUGGUACCAGCGGAUUUUUCGACUAUUCGCCGAAGCGACGACCCCGGACAAGCAGUGACCUCAGCGCCGCGGGGGAAAAAAUGGGUGCGACCACCGACCCGCCGUACAUCCCGGGCGCGAGUAUGAUGCACGUUAGUCAACCGCGGAGCACCGAGUAUUGGACCAAUGAGAAGGCAAAGCAACCGCGCUCGGUGGACAGCCGAAAAAACUCGCCUUCGGAAGUUGUGUUGGACCAUACGCAGUGGACGCUGUAUCACAAGGGUUCUGUUUUGCCGGAAGACCAGGCGCACGUCCGGCGAUCGCAGGUGCAAAGCGGAGCAGACGUUGGGCCGAAGUCGCAGCCGAGUGUGACGACCUCGUCCCGAAAAAAAUCGCCGUCAAAUCUGAGGUCCAGUGCCGCGUCUGCCUCGGCCUCUGCGACCGAGGAGCCGCGGGAUAGCUCUGCGCGGAAGAAGAAACGGGACCGGUCAAGUGACGACAAAAGUAGUAGUACGACCCCAGCAGCGCGGCAACCGCCCCCGGGAAAGAAGGCGAAAGCCUCACCUGCGAAGAAGGACGAACGCUCUUCCUCGGAUGUUGUGGUCUCAAAGUCCAAGGCAAACAAGCCGGAAGCUCCUGCUGCGAAGAAGGGAGGUGAACAGGCGAGUGGGCGAAAGAGCAGUCCGCCCAAGAGUAAAACGCCAUCACCGGAAAAGCGGCGGUCUUCCUCGGACCAGUUGGCAAAAUCUGCUUCUGCAAAAGUAGCAGAAAAGACCACCCCGCCGCGGACCAAGGAAGCAGCCAGCAAGAAAGUGGCUGCGCCGAAAACAAAAGCGGCGUCGAAAGCUCCAAAUCAAGGUGGUACUAGGGCCUCCGCGGCAACACAGGAGCCGACCGGAUCCUCAAGUCGAAGUCGUUCGGGCUCGCGGGCGAAGGUGACAAUAGACGCGGGGGAUAGUAAAAACGACAACAAGAAAACGCCCUCACCCACGAAGAACGCUGGUCGUGGGGGCAAGAAAGCUUCGCCGAACAAGACAGCAACGGUCAUCUCGGCACCUUCGCAGCGCAGUGCGACGCAACCAUUGCAACAGAGACGCACUGGCGGUUCCUCCUCUUCUGCGUCGGCGACCGCCUCGGUAUCCGAGAGCCGACGUACGUGCGACAUCAUUCUGGGGCAGCACAUUCCGGACCAGGUGGACUUCGCGCUCACGCGGUUUUUCGAGGAGUACCCCAUGCCCUUCCUGCAAAUCACGAAGCUGAAUCAGAACUGGUACUUUGUCAUGGAUAUCAGCACGGGUGCCCGCGCGCAGGGCAAGAAGAUCUACGCGGAUUUUCGGGGGCAGCAGGUCAUCAUCAAGAGUUCCCGGGGCCUCGAGUCGCUGGAGAAUUUCUUUUCCGUUUUGAAGUUCAAGCACGAAACCGAUUUCCGGGGCACCUGGCCCGAGGCCAAGGCGGAGCAACACGAGUACGGUGCGCGGUUGUCUCCAGAGCAGCGGUCCCUGUCGCCCAACUCGCCAACGGGCAAGCGGUACAACGAAUCGAUGUCAAUUCUGCUGCAACACAACCCCAGCGCCACCGUGAGCCCCAUGAGCCCCAAUCGCAGCAAGUCGUCGACGGGAUUUGCCAUGCCUGCGAGCAGUUCAACAUCUUCGCAACUACGCCAAUUACACCCCGUGGCUGCAAGAACUGAUGAUAAAGACGCGGAAUCUUCAUACGUGGGGAACGAGCUUUUUCAGAGAAUGAGCUCUGGCAAUAUAGUACAGCAGUCGGCGUCAGCGUCCUCUUCGGCCUCGCGUUCGGGCGGCCGAAAGAACAAGCCUGGAGGAGGAUCUUCCACGCAAGGAGCGGGCCCCUCCGUCGUGGUCGUCGACCGAGAUCGCGACACGGCCGGGGGGCAAAACCCGCAGGAAUUCGGACGGUUCCCGCAGCUGGAGAGCGAAAAGGGCGUGACCGAGGUGAUCCAAAAACUGGGGAACAAGAAGCCUAGAACGCCGACCUCUGCAAGCAAUCCCCAAGACCAGUUGCUCGCCGACCCAGGAGCGGGCGCUGCGCGGGAACGGGGGUUCUCGGCGAAUUCCUACGGCGCUGCGGACAGUAUGAGUUACUCUAGGAGUUCCAACAACGCGAGCGGAACCUUCGACAAUCCCGAAUACCAGUCGCGACCAGAACAGUUCGUGUUUCGCGAGUCCCAGGCACUGCAGGCGCCGGCGGAGGUGGAACUACCACCGAGCCACACGAUGUCAGGCGCCUCUUCCAACGGCGGACCACAGAUGGAGUACAUGUUCGCGCCAGGCACGCGGCCAGUGGCGCAGUCGCUGCACCGGGAAGUCGAUGCACUGUACAACGUCGAUGAUCCGGUGGUGGUCGAUGGACAACUGCACGGACUCGCGAUGCUGCCCAUGGCUUUCGUUGACGCCGAGGAGGAAAAUCUGGCGAAAAAUGAAUCCGCCUUGCACCCUAGUCCAGAGAAAAAUAAAAGCCCGGGAAAGCAGAAGCAGAAGCAGAAAAAAGCUGGUGUUUCGGAGAACGCCUUGAAAUCCGCCGUGGCUGCGAGUCGUGGCGUGCAGUUGUUCUACGCGGAUAGUUCGGGCAGCAGUAAGGGCUCCCGAGAAAACAACAAGUCUUCUCCCGAAAAGAACCGCAACUACUAUGCAGUCCCGCCCAGCCCGUACGGACAGCAGCGUUUACGGCAGGCGGAGGACGAUCAGCAGCGGAAUGGUCCUCCUGCUGGCGCAGCCCGUACCGCGGACUCGUCCGCAUCGGUGGGGAAUAAUAAAGACGAGGGGGGGCACGGCAGCGGCUCAAGCAGCAGGCGCAAUUCGCACGACAAGUACGACUCACAGACGGCCUCAUCGAGCCGACGGAACAGCUACACUGCCGCGUACUACGCGCGCAAGCGUGCCAGCACGGAACCCCAGAGUGGAAGUCAGUACAACCACGAUCUGCCACCUCACGCGCAUACGCAGAGUAGCUCCUCGUCCGCGUCCCGCAGCCUGUCCGCGCGAAAUUCGCUUGUGGACAAGACGUCGCCUUUCUGUGCGAACAGAAACUUCGGUGGGUCGAUGGUGUUCAGUACGGAUCCCUGCAUCGGUGACUGGGCAAAACCGCCGCCAGCACCGGCCGCCCCGGCCUCGAACAGCAAUAGCGUCAGCCUCAGUACGUCGCAGCGUGGGAAGCCGCACAGUGCCCGAUCGUCCAGGAAGGUUGGAAUACUGCAGUGCCUUUUAUAUUCUGUAACCAUAGGUGUACUAGCAUGGCCGUACACGUAGUACCAUUUUAAAGUCUUUACAAGGAUUGCCAACAUGCUGUUAUUGAAUUUUUGCAAACGCAACCGGAAUGAAUCUGUAACGCGCCUACCUACAACGUACCCCAGGGCGGCUCGUCUUCUCAAAAAGACUUGGAAACCCAGAAACUUGCGCAAAGGCUCGAGGAGGAGGUGUUGCAACGGCAGAAGCUGCAGCAGGAGCUCGCAAUCUUGCGGGAGCAGCAACGAUCCGGACAAGAGGGUAAACAUUCCACGCGGCCACCCCGCGGUUCUUCGGUCGGGAAAAAAGAUCCCAAGUUUUCACCCGAGCAGGAGAAAAUGAUUGUGCAGGAGCUGCUGUAUGGAAACCCCAGACGCGGGCGCGAACUCCAGCAACCGCAAAGCCUGCAGGCGGUACUGAAAUCUUGCACUUGCUGUAAAGUUUUGCGGCUGAUCCAAUACAUGAACAUAUUAAUUUGAUCUUCGUCGUACGCUCUCGUUCUUCUUCUUGGUCGAAUAGCAAUGGUCAUGGUUCAACAUGAAUCUCUAUGCACUCAGGCUGUGCCGCGCAUUGAGCAGCCAGCUAGAGCUCGGAUUAGCCGAGAGGAGUGGGAGGCUAUAGCGGCCUCGGAGCAGCACAGGCCCAUCGCGUCGGAAAAGUUGAGUCUGUCACCAAAGGCCGACUUCCGAGGGCGGGUGAACUCACCAGGGGAAAUGUUCCGCGACAUCAAUGGCCAGGGCGCGCUGCGGAAAAGUGCUGCUCCGAAGCGCUCGCCGUCGCCAGCAGGGACGCUCAAGAAUUUCCCCUUCAGAAUACAAGUAGUGCUGUUUGAUUCUCGUACUUCGCAGCGGAGCUUUUUUAAUCAAAAGUACUAAGGCCAGAGGACAGUCAGUUGUUCGCUCUAGUAUCAGCCUCGGAUUCCGUCCCUUUCGUCAACAUCAUGAUUUACGUUCUGCGGGUAAGGGAGGAGAUGAAGUGAUAUCAUUCCGAUAAAACAUAAACAUCACAGAACACGGGGACUUUCAAGCACCAGAUCAUUCCGCAAAGCCCAUCUCCGGGCGCCGGUCCGGGUGGACUCUCAACAGGGUCUUUGAUAGCCUUGUCACCGCACGACGGGCAAGGUAGUAGCAGCACGCAGCAGCAUCUCCACAGGCGCUUCCAAGCCGACGACAACGCUUUUUCUGACACGAUAAAUCAAGCGAUGAAGGAAGCCGCGCGAAAGGCCCUCACCUACCACAAAGACUUCCAGGUACAGCAGUGAAAAAUGAGGCGUGUUCGUGGCUUAAGCACAGUAGUUCUCGUAUUGGAAUUAUUACUUAGGACUUUUUUUGUUCUUUUGCACUUUUUACCAUCUGGCCGUCGAUUUGUAGUGCGCACAGUCAGCCAGAAGAGCGAAAGAUGAAAUAAACAAACAGACUGGGCGCCCGAGUUCCCCAGAAGAGGCACAUGCCACGCGGAUGCUCGGGAUCGCGGGAAGCAGCAAAAACACGAACGAUUUCUUGGAUCAUGACUCGUACGAGAAAUCGCUGACGACGCAGGUGUAUCGGCAGUACUGUGAAGUUCGCCAGCGGCCUGAGGAUGCUCCGCAGCUACAAGCGGCCAUUGGGCACGGCCGCGCAUCUGUGGGCGAGGAAGCGAGAUAUCGGGUGCGCCGCAGCCAAAACCGGUUUGAGAAGCACGACGCCGCCAGGUUUCCGGGGCAUCACGUGGCGCUGAGCGGCAGUAUGCAGUCCACGGGGGUAGAUCCGCGCAGGGGUUCGCUGCAAGUGUCCGAGAACCCUUCGACUACCUACAUGGCUGAUCAACCCCCGCAGUACCUUUCGGUAGGCACAGAGGUAAAUGAAAAUUUUCGAGUUAUUUGUUAGCACGCGAAUGAGAGAUAGAUCAAGAUCGCCCACGCACGACGAAGUAAGUAACGCGCAUCCUCUGCAAUGCGAAACCAUAGUGAAACUGCCCUCACACUCACAACAGCCGCUGCCUUUCUACACGGACUACUACAGUAGCCAGAAUGUCGUUGCUGGCCCGCAUCAGCACCAUGCACCUUACUUCCAGCACCACAACAUGCCGUUUCUGGAGCAACAGCAGCGUGGGCGCUAGUCUUGGCGUACUGCUGGGGCCGCCACAGUUCUUGUAAAAACAAAAUUGAACUUUCAGUCCUCGCCUAUGUAACUAUGUCAUUUUUAUCCGGUCAUCAGAAACAACUUGGAAUUUCAAACUUUCAAAUAUCAUCCAAACCGAUAUUUUGCAGGCUUUUGUCAGAACCUACGUGUUUUACAGCAUGUCAGUUCGUUGUCAUUGAAAACCACCAGAACAAAAUGGGGUUAAGAUUGAAAAACUAGAACAAGUCAACAGCAGGUCGGGCCAGCGCUAGGUGCGCGCUGUGCUCGAAAGAAAUGAUGUAGAUCGAUUCGUGUAAGACCCUUUUGCAGUAGUUUCACUGUGUACGAUUUGGGUGAGCCCAGAACUUGAGUA